AUACUCAAAGAAAGAUUAACUCGUUCCAAGGGACCCUAUGGGUGCAUCAUUUUAUCCCUAUUGUUCCUCUUCUUUUUUUCUUCUUUCCUCUAAAAAAAAAUGAUAGAAUCUUUUUUUCUUCUUCUUUGACCUUUCAACUCCAUCAACAACCUUUUCCGGGAAUCGCCGUAUAAAAGUGAUCUCACGUCUGGAUUCGAGAAAAGGGGGAGAGAAGAAGGAGAAAAACAGUUAUGGUCGUGGAUGCAGAAAAUGGAAGAAACUAAGAUCGCCAUCGCCGCCGUCAAGAACGACGCCGUUCGCUCCUGCGUUUUCCUCUCUGGAUUCUACUGCUGGGACUGGGAAUUCCUCACCGCUCUGCUUCUCUUCAGUUGCUCCUUUUAGGGAUCGAAUCUCCGACAGUUACAGUUUUUCUAGCAUAGAUUUCUAGUUUAGCUCUCAUAGAUUCUAUUCCGGAGUUCAUUUUGUUUAGGAAAACCUUCUAGUGAUUGGAAUUUGGCCGGAGGAGGAUGACGCCGAGGACAUCUCCGGCGCCGUUUCUGGCGAAGACUUACAAGCUGGUGGACGAUCGGACCACGGACGAAGUGGUCUCAUGGAGCGACAGCGGCUCCGCCUUCGUAGUCUGGAAAACUGCCGAAUUCGCCAAGGAUUUGCUUCCCAAAUACUUCAAGCACAACAAUUUCUCCAGCUUCGUUCGCCAGCUCAACACCUAUGGUUUCAAAAAGACCGUACCAGACAAAUGGGAAUUUGCAAACGAGAAUUUCAAGAGAGAAGAGAAAGAGCUUCUCCUCAAUAUCCGACGUCGGAAAACCAUGACAUCAGCUGCUGCCGGAAAAAAGAAUGAGGCGGCAGCUGAGAGCUCAGCAUUGCAGGAGAGCUCGGGCGAAGACACACCGGGCUCAAGUUCAACCUCAUCACCCGACUCCAAGAAUCCUGGAUCCGUGGACACUCCAGGUAGGAAGUCACAGUUCAUAGAGUUAACGGAUGAGAAUGAGAGGCUCAAGAGACACAACCGAACACUCAGCUCGGAAUUGGCUCAGACCAAAAAGAAGUGUGAUGAGCUGGCAGCUUUCCUGUCUCAGUACAUGAAGGCUGUCCCAGAACAAACCAACUGCAUCAUGAUGAACCGUGCUGAGUCUGCAGAUGUGAGUUCAAGUGAGGAUGAAGAUGAUGACGAAAACUGUGAGAAACUGAAGUUAUUCGGUGUGUUACUCAAAGGGAAGAAGAGAAAGAGGGGCAAUGAUGAGAGAUCUGCAGGAGGAGCACAUACAAAGGAGAUGAACAAAUCUGUUGACUGCAAUACUCAUACUCCAUGGUUGAAAAUCUCUCCCGCUCACGUCGAGGGUGGCAAAGUCUGUAAUUAACAGACUGACGAUUCGCUAGUCCGCGAUCAAUAGCAACUACAUUUCACAAUGUUUGUGUUGGUCAUGCCUCAUUAGAAUGAGGGGGGCAUCAACAGGAAAGCUUUUAAUGUAACAAUAAGUAUUAUGUACUUAGGUUAAAAUAAUGUUUGUUUUCCUGUGUUUCAUUCAGUGUCUUGUUAGGAGGGGUUUAACAAAAUGCUGUUUUUUUACUUCUCAUUGUACUUAAGGGUAUUGCUGGAACUUAACAGUGAAAUCAUGUUGUAAUAAAUAAUAAUUGCUGCUAAUUAUG